AUGGUGGCCCGGGUGUUCCACGCUAAACUUAAGGACCUCAUGCGUGACAUAACGGUUAAUAGGAUUUUUGGAAAUGUAAAUGCUUAUAUAUACACUGUUGAAUUUCAGAAACGCGGUCUACCACACGCACACAUACUGAUCAUCCUUAGGGACGACAGUAAGUUGCUUGACUCCGAGGACGUCGACAACGUUGUGAGUGCCUCCUUUCCAGACCCGACGAUUAAUCGGCGUCUGCAUGACUGCGUUGUGUCUCACAUGAUUCACGGACCUUGUGGACCAAUUAACCUCAACAGUCCAUGUAUGGUGGAUAACAUUUGUUCAAAAAAGUAUCCAAAACCAUACAGUGAUGAGACGGUGUUCGUCUCAGAUGAUGGCUAUCCCAUGUACCGUCGUCCAAAUGAUGGUCGGGUGAUCCUUGUCAGACAACGAGAGGUUGGUAAUGGGUUUGUCGUUCCACACAGUCCGUAUCUGCUUGCCAAAUAUGACGCACACAUCAAUGUUGAGGUGUGCUCUACCAUUAAGAGCGUUAAGUACCUUUAUAAAUAUGUCUUUAAGGGUCACGACGCUGUUACAUUGGCUAUACAAGAAGGCGAUGAGUUGUUAAGUUACGUCAACUCGCGAUACGUCAGUCCGCCUGAAGGCAUUUGGCGGAUGUUUUCUUAUGAAAUGCAUAAGAGAAGUCACACUAUUGUAAGACUUCCGGUCCACCUGGAAGAUCUUCAUACUGUGUACUUUGCUCCUGGACGUGCUGUAGAACGGUUACACAACGCUAACCAGCGCCGUACAAAACUAACGGAGUUCUUUGCGCUCAACACAAACGACGUGGGGGCAAGACAGUACCUGUACCACGAGAUACCGGUACAUUAUACAUGGAACCAAGCGAACAGGACAUGGUCGCGGCGGCAAAGACGCACGGCCAAUGAAACGUUAGCUCGGAUGUACGCCGUUAGCCCGAUGGAUCAGCACCGAUUCCACCUGCGACUAUUACUUCUGCACCGGAGAGGCCCACAGUCUUUCCGAAACAUAAGAACGGUCAACGGGAUCGUGCACGAGACAUACGGGGCUGCGGCAAUCGCUCUGGGUCUCAUAGAAGACGACCGGGCGUGGCAUGCGUGCAUGAAAGAGUCUGCGGCUUUGGACACCCCCGGGCAACUUCGGUAUCUCUUUGUCACGAUACUGGCGCACUGCAAUCCAGCGGAAUCGCUGAGGCUCUACACGAGCUACGAGGAUUGCAUGGUGGAAGACUUCAAUCGCCGUUUGCAAGUCGUCGACCGCGCGAGGGCCGCGAUUCUCAACGCAAUUGGAGACCUACUUCGAGUACACGGAAAAACGCUCGACGACUACGGUUUGCCCUACCCUGAUGUCCGUCUACUAGAACCGGAGCAGGACGAUCAACUGUUCCGUGUCGUAGAGGUGGCGGCUCGGUGGUCACAACAAGUGGCCGACAUGCAUAACGAACAGAGAACAGUGUUCGACCGUGUCAUGGAGGCAGUCGAUGACAACGGAGACGUGGCAAAAACAUUCUACGUUGACGGACCCGGAGGUACCGGAAAGACGACGCUUUACGGAUGCCUGAUAUAG